AUGAAUAACUGGCAGGCCUCCACACAUGUAGGCGACGAGCAGCCGUCGUCUUCUCAAUACCCCGGCUGGCCCGUGUCUGCCAAUCUUCAUAGCCAAACCUCGCCGAAUCCCAGUCGUGGAGAGCGUGCAGCGCGGCCAACAUUGUUGACGACGGCAUUGAGUGGCUCGCAGUUAUAUCACGCCUCGACUCCUCUGUCCACCACGUCCCUGUCUAGUCCGUUUACCUUGACACAGGCACAAUCUCCAGCGGUUUCAACUCCUGUACAAGACAUAUCCUCAUCUUCAAUGGCGUUAAGGCAUCAUGCUGCCUAUACCAUCCCCUACAACCCACAGGACUGGGGCCCGGUGGGUGGCCCUGCCGCUCAGGCUGCGUAUCCUCAAUCAAACAAUGUACAUCGUGUAAUUCACCAGCAAAGGGCCCAUGCAGACGCAUCACUGUCUCCGCCGCCUCCGCCAUACUCGCCCCCGCAUAAUCAGACCCGAGCACCCCAGGAUGCCUAUGCCCAAGCGGGUCCAAAUAAUGGAGCCGCCCCUCCUCCGCCGGCGUCUCAUCAAUCAUACAGAUCAGGCGAGUUUGAAAAUCCCGUGGACUAUCAGAGACAGCCAGUCCAUCGACCCCGCCCGCUCUCAAUGGUAUAUGGUAACGAGACCGAACUAUAUCGGCAGUCGUUGCCCCCUCCCCCUCCACCACAAGGGAACCUGGGAUCAAGGUCGGUUUCUCAACAACGAAACGACAACUAUCAGAAUAUUGCCUAUAGGUCCCCUUUGACCCCAUCUCAAUCACGAACUUCAACAUCGGGAUAUGACCAAUCCGUUUCUUCUCCAGGUCCGUUGAACCAUUUGCCAGGGCCAGCCAGUGGCCUCUAUGAUGCUCAAUUGAGGCCUCCUGCGUCUCGGAGAGCCGCCUCUGCUGGGGCUGUCCCUAGCAGUGCAGGAUCCUCAAGAGCGCCAGCUUUGUCGAGAGGGCCAUCCCCAUCGACCAAUGGCUGGGGGCUUGGUAUGUCUCUUCCGCCGCCACCCCCAGGGCCACCUCCCACAAAUAGAGCUGUGAGCGUAAGCGGUUCUUCUGAGUCAUCUUCGGCCAGAACACCCCAGGCUCAAGGCUCAAAUCGUCCGAGAGCCCGGCCUCCACCAUUAAUGGGGACGGGACUGGGCAGUAUUCCGCCAACACCGGCCGGCUGGGUGGACGAAGAAUACAUAAAUCACCGUCCCGAUGUGCAACAGGAAUCGCCUCCUGUUGAUACUGUCAGCAUCGUGCAGAGUCCCGUGCAAAGCCCAGAUCCAAUCAGCAGUCCAAAUCCAAAUCAACAAUCACAACAGUCUCAAAGGACGCCCAGUAGCGGUGGCAAUGGUCUUUUCCGCAGCUCGGCUGUUCGAGAUUCCAGUGCUAAAGGUAUCCGCGAAAGACGAAUCGAGCGACGAAAUCGUCAAAGUCAAGUCCUCGAUGAUACAAACGCGGGCACCCCAAUCAGUUCAAACCCUUGGGCAGAUGCCUUGGAGCAAAUUGUGCCGUCAGAUCUUGUUUUCCCAGAGACCACAGAUAGUCCAGACCAUACUCGCCAAGCUUCCUCGCGAUAUACUCCUCGAAGCACCCGAAGUAUUGGCUCCGACGGCCCAUUUCCAACCUCUCGAUCUCGAGCCUCUUCUACGGGCCUUUUCUCCGAUCAGUCCCCAUCUUUACACACGCCGAAAGUUGGACAAAGCCCUGCACCUCCACUUACUUCAUUUGCACACACGCCCCCAUUCUCUCCAAAUGGAGAGUCGUCGUCUUCAUACCCAAAAGUAGUGUCCCAAGCGGUGCCACCAAAGGCCCUGCCCACUCCGCCCCUCAAUUCGGCCACAGAGUCCCAGCCACGUUCGCGUGCCCCAUCUCGCGGUUCGGAGGACCGGCCUAUCUCUCAUAUACUGCAUAUACCCAACGAUACCGUAACAAUGAUGAGGCCAUUGUCACCGCGUCGUCUGCCUCCUCUUCAAACAGGCCAGCAGACCUCAUCAGAGCCGGCAGUAAAGCAGGAUACUUUAUUUGUUCAAAAUUCUAUUGAACGGUAUAAAAUAUUUAUUGAACAAGAAGCCAAUGCAGCAGACGAGGCUGAGGCUCUAAAGUUGUUUACUGAGUUCAUAAUAUCAGAGUCCCAAAUUCGGCGUCGACGAUAUGAAAGUGUAUUUGACGCUGGCUCUUUUGAUUCAGGAAAUGUGCUCAAACGACUUUUUGAAAUUCCCUCAGAUGAUCAGUCUUCAAGAAGCAUUCGGCCGAACCCGACUUUGCAAAUACCCUCCACCAGACCCAGCCGGCCUGAGUCUGCAUGGUGGAACAAUUAUCAACCUUGCCUAUCCCCCAUUGCCAGUCUCGGUAUGAGCAAUGAUGAAAUGAGCUCCAGAGGCCGCGCACCCAGCCGCUGGUGGGAAUCCAAAACAGGAUCCAGCAGUGAUGGAGCUGGACGGAAGGUACAACGAUCGAAACGAGAGUCCAAGUACAUGGGUCUGCCCAGAGAGGCCAUGCAGUGGGAUCAAGACCCACAACAAACGCCAUCGAAGCUGGAUGAUAUCGCCUCUAAUUACACUGAUCACCGCGCUUCAUACGGCCCUGACGAAUAUCCAGCAGAGAAAGUUGGCUGGCAUGAAAAUUCUACGAACACUGCUGCAUCUGGCGCUGGCUCGGCUUACUCCAGCGCGGCAAACGGUAAUCAGAUCAUGCAACCACCUACCAUCCAGAAACUUGACAUUUCGCGUCUGGUGACGCUACCUCCACCGUAUCCGCGCCACUAUCCCGCAGUGAAUAACAGUCACCCGGACCUAGUCACCUAUAGAACCAUUGUCCGGUCGAUUACUGACCUUACGGAAAUCAAAGCUACUCGAGAGCGAUACCAGGCGGACAUCGAAAAAAUGACCCAAGACCAUCAAAAUCAAGUUCGUGAAGGACGUCGGCAUUUCAAGUCUAACAUUCAAAGUCAGAUUCAAGAAGGGAGCCUUACUUUUGCUGAAGCCGCCGAAGCCGAAGCUGCAAUGAUGGUGGAUGAUAAUAAGCGUGAAAGAGAACUGGUCAAGCGGCAAUUAGACGAAUACCAAGAUAGCUUGCUGCGGCCUAUUCAUGCUAUAUUGUCGGAUCGAAUUGCUAAAGCAACAACCUGCAUUGAUGAACUGAGCAGCCGACUGUUUGAUGACGCACAGCAUGAGACGCCAGAUCAAACUCAGGAACAGGGUGACGAGAAGCCUGAGCUCUUGGAGAAGUUGACUCAAUUGAAAUGGUUGUUCGAGGCACGAGAGCAACUCCACCGGGAAACCUUUGAUCUCAUCAGCGGCCGCGACGAAAAAUACAAAGUAGUUGCCUUAUUGCCGUAUCAGCAAAGCAAGAACGAUGAAAAGCUUCGCGAAACGCAAGCCUUCUUUUCCAAGGACGCUUUGGACCGACGAGUCCAGUAUGAGACUUCUGCUCUUGCUCGUCUUGAAUCAUUUUUAGACGUUAUCGAGCAAAAUGUUGUUCGAGGAGUGGAGGUGCAGCUUUCUGCAUUCUGGGACAUCGCCCCCUCCCUCCUCACAUUGGUGCAGCAAGUUCCCGAAAACCUGCAAGGCUUCCAAGUUCAGAUCCCUGUGAGCGAGUAUGAAGAGAAUCCUAGUUAUCAUUCGCAUCCCUUGCAGUAUCUCUACUCACUGGUCUCUCAUGCCGAGAGGUCCAGUUACCAAUAUAUCGAGUCGCAGACGAACCUUCUCUGUCUACUCCAUGAGGUCCGCUCUGCCUUGAUGCGAGCCAACCGCAAUCUUGCAGAGGCAGAUAGGAUUUGGCGAGGCGAGCCCGAGGAGUACGUGCGCCGGGAUAUGCAAACUGCGCGCGCAGAUGAGGAGUUGGCCCUGACUACGGACUUAAAAGACAAGGUGACGACCGUUGAGGGACAGUGGGCCGAGGCUCUUGGAAGUCAAAUUGAAGGGCUUCGAAGUCGGAUCAAGGAUCAGCUUUUGGCUGAGGAUGGAUGGGAAGAAAUGGAACAGUUGGAGCAGGAGUAG